UUCGCUCGCGACCGAUGAUGCUCUUUCUUCCGAAGCUUUCGCGAAAAAAAAAAUAUAAUAUUCAAAAAGAGAAAGAGAGAGAGAGAGAGACGGAGCGAAGAACACGAGUUCGUUUGUGCUCCGACAUUUCUGUUACUCCCUCACUCUGUCUCUCUCCAUCUCUAUCUCUCUGUUUCUCCCGACGAACGAGUCGCGUAUUGCACGAUGUAACGGAAUCCCUGACUUCGACUAACCUUUUCCUUUCAUAUAUUUCUUGCUUCUCGUGAAUACAAAUUUUGGCGUCAAUUCAGUAAAAUGUGACCUGGAAUACACAUUUGUUCAGUUAUUCAGUUUUCUAUUGUUAAGAUCUCAAGUUACACAGUGUUCUGAACAACUACUGUGAAUAAUACAAGCUGUUAUUAAAUUGUAGUCGUACCUAGUAACAGUGACGCUCACUCGACAAGCAUAUAGGAACAGAAUGUCAGGGCAUAGAGGUGGAGGGGCUGGAAGCCAUCAAGGUGGCCCUCCAGGCCUCAAGCAGAUUGAUUUAGAUCAAAUUUGGGGAGACUUACGCGAAGGCAUAGAACAAGUUUAUAACAGACAAUGUAUGUUGAAACCUAGAUACAUCGAGUUGUACACACAUGUAUAUAAUUAUUGCACAAGCGUUCAUCAACAACUAACUAGGACAUCGAGCAAGAGUAAAAAGGGACAAAUUCAACAAGGAGGUGCACAAUUAGUGGGAUUGGAAUUAUACAAACGUCUACGUGAAUUUCUUAGGAAUUAUCUUAUCAGCUUACUCAAACAUGGUGUUGAUUUAAUGGACGAAGAUGUAUUGCAAUUCUACACAAGACAAUGGGAGGAAUAUCAGUUCAGCAGUAAAGUGUUAAAUGGUGUAUGUGCAUAUCUCAAUCGUCAUUGGGUACGCAGAGAGUGCGAGGAGGGUCGCAAAGGAAUUUAUGAAAUUUAUCAGUUAGCCUUGGUAACCUGGCGAGAUAACUUGUUUAGGCAUUUACAUAAACAAGUUACUAAUGCAGUGCUUAAAUUAAUCGAACGAGAACGUAAUGGUGAAACGAUAAACACUCGAUUAGUCAGUGGGGUCAUCAAUUGUUACGUAGAAUUGGGUUUAAAUGAAGAUGAUCCAGGUUCUAAAGGACAAAAUUUAACAGUAUAUAAAGAUUCCUUUGAAAAUAUCUUUCUCGAAGAUACCGAACGAUUUUAUAAUCGUGAAAGUUCCGAAUUUCUUAGACAAAACCCUGUAACAGAAUAUAUGAAAAAAGCAGAACAGAGAUUAUUGGAAGAACAGAAGCGAGUGCGCGUUUAUCUGCAUCAAACGACUCACGAGCGAUUGGCCAAAACAUGCGAAAGAGUACUUAUCGAGAAACACCUGGACAUAUUUCAUUCCGAAUUCCAGAAUUUGCUGGAUGCUGAUAAGAAUACAGAUUUGGGUAGAAUGUAUCAGCUAGUAGCGAGAAUACCGAAUGGUCUCGGAGAAUUGAGAAAUCUCUUGGAAAGCCACAUAGCUAAUCAGGGACUUGCAGCUAUAGAUAAAUGCGGCGACUCUGCGGCUAAUGAUCCGAAAAUUUACGUCAACACAAUCUUAGAGGUACACAAAAAGUAUAAUGCCUUAGUGCUGGUUGCAUUUAACAAUGAUAGCGGCUUUGUCGCGGCCUUGGAUAAAGCUUGCGGACGAUUUAUCAAUAGCAAUUCUGUUACAAGAGCAGCCAAUAGCAGCAGUAAGUCACCCGAAUUAUUAGCUAAAUACUGCGAUUUGCUGCUAAAAAAGAGCAGUAAAAAUCCGGAAGAAGCAGAACUUGAAGAUACUCUUAACCAAGUUAUGGUAGUAUUUAAAUACAUUGAAGAUAAAGAUGUAUUCCAGAAGUUUUAUAGUAAGAUGCUAGCAAAACGAUUAGUGCAACACAUGUCUGCUAGUGACGAUGCAGAGGCUUCUAUGAUCUCUAAACUAAAACAAGCUUGUGGAUUUGAAUAUACUUCAAAGUUACAACGUAUGUUCCAGGAUAUUGGUGUGUCAAAAGAUCUAAAUGAACAAUUUAGGAGACAUCUGACAAAUUCUGCUGAACCUUUGGACAUAGAUUUUAGCAUACAAGUUUUAUCUUCUGGUUCAUGGCCAUUCCAACAGUCUUUUACAUUUUCUUUGCCAACAGAGCUGGAGAGAUCUGUGCAUAGGUUCACUACUUUCUACAGUUCACAACAUAGUGGCAGAAAAUUAAAUUGGUUGUAUAAUAUGUCUAAAGGAGAGUUACAUACAAAUUGUUUCAAAAAUAGGUAUACAUUGCAAGCAUCAACUUUUCAAAUGGCAGUUUUGUUAGCAUAUAAUGGAUCUACAUCAUGGACAAUACAACAAUUGCAAUAUGCGACUCAAAUAAAAAUGGACUUUUUACUACAGGUUGUUCAAAUACUUUUGAAAGCUAAGCUUUUAACUGCAGCUAGCGAUGAUGUAGCUGAACUGACUCCAUUGUCGACGGUAGAACUUUUUACAGGAUACAAAAACAAAAAACUAAGGGUAAAUAUUAAUAUACCUAUGAAGACAGAAUUAAAGGUUGAACAAGAGACUACACACAAGCACAUAGAAGAAGAUAGGAAACUUCUAAUUCAGGCAGCAAUUGUUAGAAUUAUGAAAAUGCGAAAAGUAUUGAAGCAUCAACAGUUGGUGGCAGAAGUAUUGAACCAAUUAAGUUCUAGAUUCAAGCCGAGAGUACAUGUCAUUAAGAAAUGUAUAGAUAUUUUAAUUGAAAAAGAAUAUUUGGAACGCACAGAGGGUCAAAAGGACACUUAUAGCUAUCUGGCAUGAUCAGUCGAUUUAGGACAACGAUACAGCAGCAGCCAUAUACAUAAAACGAAAAUAAACUUACAUUAUCAUUGCUAUAUACGUAUCAGGAUAUUUAUUUAAGUUUCAAAUGUAAUUAUCCAUAUUUUUAUUCUGUACAUGGAUGCCUUUGUACCGUAUUGUCCUUCUCUGGUCGCAUUUAGGAAAGACUCUGGCUUUUUAUAUAUCUUUCAAGAGAUGUAUACAUGCAAUGUCAUCUAAAAAAAGAGGCAUUGAUAAAAUUAUUUCAUAAUUAUCAUGAUCAAUGUGCUAGGUGUGUUACUGUCUGUGCUAUUUUCUAUAUAAAAUAGAGCAUACUGCUUGGCCAUAGUAUCACAGAACACAUAAUGAAAUUUUAAGUAAUCUACAGAAUAUUAUAGCAAAUAAAUGAUUAAAAAAUGUGCAUUUUUAUCUCAUUGCUAAUA